CGUCCCCAAAAUUGGGGAGGAAGGGAAAAAAAAAAAGCAGAAAAAGUUUCUUUCUUGGAGUCCCAUACCAGGCCUUGGACGGAAGAGGUGGCCUAGGCCAUAGGCUCCUCCAAUCCAGACCAUGUCGGGGCCCACCUGGCUCCCCCCAAAGCAGCCAGAGACCACCAGAGCCCUUCAAGGGAGGGCGCUCUCCCGGGGCGCCCCUGGGCUGCCACCCGCCCACGGAACAGCACUCCAGACCCACCCCAGGGUCAAUUUUUGCCCCCUCCCGUCUGACCAGUGUUACCAGUCCCCAGGGGGUCGCGAGGACCGGGGCCGGGAGGACUGGGGCCCGGCCUGGGUGGGGUCCCAUGCAGCACCCCAGCGUCCGCAGGGCCUCCCCCCAGAAAGGGGGGCGCUGCGCCCAGGAAGUCUGGAUGCUGAGAUUGAUUCGCUGACCAGCAUGCUGGCCGAGCUCGAUGGGGGCCGGGGACACCCUGUGCGGAGGCCUGACCGACAGGCUUACGAGGCCGCUCAGCCCUCUUCCUACCGCUCUGGCUCCCUGAAACCCAAUGGAGGGAGCGUACCCCUUCCACUGCCAGCGUCCCCCUAUGGGGGCCCCACCCCAGCCUCUUAUGCUACAGCCAGCACCCCAGCUGGCCCAGCCUUCCCGGUGCAGGUGAAGGUGGCCCAGCCCGUGAGAGGCUGUGGCCCUCCCAGGCGGGGAGCUUCGCAGGCCUCUGGGCCCCUUCCUGGCCCCCACUUGCCUCUCACAGGCCGAGGUGAUGUCUGGGGAGUUGGCUACCGGAGCCACCGUGGGCCAGGGCCGGGGGGGAAAGAAGACGCUGUUGGGGUGUCUGGUCCUGCAGGAGGAGGAAGAGGAGGCGGACAUGGGCCACAGGUGCCCCUGAGCCAGCCUCCUGAGGAGGAACUGGAGCGACUGACCAAGAAGCUGGUGCAGGACAUGAGCCACCCGCCCAGCGGCGAGUACUUUGGCCGAUGUGGUGGCUGUGGAGAAGACGUGGUUGGGGAUGGUGCUGGGGUCGUGGCCCUGGACCGUGUCUUCCAUGUGGGGUGCUUCGUGUGCUCCACUUGCCGGGCCCAGCUCCGGGGCCAGCAUUUCUAUGCUGUUGACAGGAGGGCGUACUGUGAGAGCUGCUAUGUGGCCACCCUGGAGAAAUGUUCCACAUGCUCCCAGCCCAUCCUGGACCGGAUCCUGCGGGCCAUGGGGAAGGCCUACCAUCCUGGCUGCUUCACCUGUGUGGUCUGCCACCGCGGCCUAGACGGCGUCCCCUUCACAGUGGACGCUACCAGCCAAAUCCACUGCAUUGAAGACUUCCACAGGAAGUUUGCACCCCGGUGCUCUGUGUGUGGCGGGGCCAUCAUGCCUGAGCCGGGCCAGGAGGAGACCGUGAGGAUCGUUGCCCUGGACCGCAGUUUUCAUAUCGGUUGCUACAAGUGCGAGGAGUGUGGCCUGCUGCUGUCCUCGGAGGGCGAGUGCCAGGGCUGCUACCCACUGGAUGGGCAUAUCUUGUGCAAGGCCUGCAGCGCCUGGCGCAUCCAGGAACUCUCUGCUACCGUCACCACUGACUGCUGAGACUCCCUGGUGGGCAGCGCACGUGCUGCCUGCCGCCUUCCCAGUCCCUGACCUUGCCAGCCCUGGCAUCUGCCUUUGCAAUUUUGUUACCAAAUGUCUCCUUCUUGGUGAAAUAAUAACCCCUGAGCAUUC